CUGCACAUAAAUACCACUGUCUGGUUCAUCAAAUCAGAUUCAUCGGGACAGCAGAAACAGAGGCUGCAUAUCUUCUUCUGAGUUUAUUUCGCAUGUCAAGAACAAUGAAAACUGGUUCAGUUCUGCUGAUGGUGGUCGUCCUGGGGACAUGCUCGGCUUACAACUAUCAAAACGUGGCUUUGCGUGGAAAAGCGACACAGUCAGAUCGUUUGGAGAAUAUAUUUGGAUCCGCUUACAACGCCAUUGAUGGAAACCGUGAAUCAAAAUAUUCUGCUGGUUCAUGCACCCACACUGUUGGACAGACCAACCCCUGGUGGAGGGUGGACCUGCUUGAGUCCUACGUGGUCACUUCUGUCGUCAUCACCAACAGAGGAGACUGUUGUGCAGAUAGGAUCAAUGGGGCUGAGAUUCAUAUUGGAAACUCUUUACGAGACAAUGGUUUUACAAACCCAGUGGUUGCUGUAAUUCCCAGUAUCCCAUUAGGCAGACCUUACACAGUAACUGUUACAAAACGUGUGGAGGGACGUUAUGUGACAGUGGUUUUACCUGGACGAGGAAGGAUCCUCACACUCUGUGAAGUGGAAGUCUACGGGUACCGUGCUCCAACUGGAGUGAACCUGGCACUCCAAGGAAAAGCCACACAGUCAUCAUUGCAUUCAAUUGGCAUAGCAUAUAACGCUAUUGAUGGGAAUCGUGCCAGCAGCUGGAGUAAGGCCUCCUGCAGUCACACAAACAAUGACUUUACUCCCUGGUGGCGACUGGACCUGCAGAAAACCCAUAAAGUGUUUUCUGUUAAGAUAACCAACCUGGAUGGUUCCCCACAACGACUCAAUGGAGCUGAGAUCCGCAUUGGAGAUUCUGCUCGAAACAAUGGCAACAACAACCCCCGGUGUGCUGUGAUCACACACAUCCCUGCAGGUUUUACCCAAACGUUCCAGUGUAACGGGAUGGACGGUCGCUACGUUAACAUAGUCAUUCCUGGAAGAAAAGAGUAUCUGGUCAUAUGUGAGGUGGAGGUGUAUGGCUCUGUAUUGGAUUAGAUUUGACGAAAUUCAAAAUGUAUAACAAUGGCAAUUUACAUAGCCGGUAUUUAGCUGAUGCUCUUUUAUAGAUUCUGAUGGAAAUCAUAUCUUAAGGUUCAUUCAUGACAUUGACAUCAUUAGAGACAACAUAUGGUUAGGUGACAGUAAAACUGCAUUAAUAAAUGUUUGACCACUAGGGGGAAAAAUAAUUCCAAAUUAUGCUGACAAACACAACCCCAACAUCAUCAUCUAGUGAAAUAAAUUUGUUAUGGCUAAUAUGUUAGCAAACAGUUGCCCAUUUACACAUCCUGUCAACAAAAAAACAACAUUAGCAUUCAUUUGGAGUCAUGUAUCUGCCUGCAGGAUGAAUGUGAAUCCAUUAUUAAAUCUCCUUUUAGCUCUAGUUUGGUGUCCAUGACUCCUGAGAAAAAAUAUCUGUUCUACAGCUACU